AUGUCCACCGCAGGCGACCCCGCCGGCGCAGCAGCAGCUGCUGCUGCCGCGGCGGCGGCGGCCACCCCGUCAGGUCGUGCGCCGAGGCUGCCGCGGUGGACCAGGCAGGAGAUACUGGUGCUCAUCGAGGGCAAGCGCAUGGUGGAGGGCCGCGGCGGGCGCGGCGGGAGGGGCCGCGUGGCAGCGGCGGCGACGGCGGCGGCCGCGUCGGCGUCGGCGUCGGCGGCCGCGUCGGCGGCGUCGGCGGCGCUGGAGCCCAAGUGGGCCGCGGUCGCGGAGUACUGCCGGCGCCACGGCGUCGAGCGGGGCCCCGUGCAGUGCCGGAAGCGCUGGAGCAACCUCGCCGGCGACUACAAGAAGAUCAAGGAGUGGGAGCGGGCCGCGGCGGCCUCGCGCGAGCCGUCCUUCUGGGCUAUGCGCAACGAUGCGCGCAGGGAACGACGCCUCCCGGGCUUCUUCGACCGCGAGGUGUAUGACAUACUCGAGGGCCGGGGCCGGGCCAUCCUCGACGACCGGUCCGCCAGGAAUGCCGCGGCGGAGGAGCCGGCGGCGGUGCGCGUCGAGGAGGGCAAGGAGGCGGAGGUGCCGGAGGCCGUCUUUGACAGUGGCCGCCCGGCCACGGAAGAGGCCUUGUUCUCGGAGGAUGAGGAGGAGGAAGAAGAGGACGCACCGGCGGUGGCCCCUCCUCCCCCACCACCACCGGUCAUCGCCGUGCCUGUAUCUGAGAAGCCCGAGGCAUCAAGGCAACAACAGAGCGCUGAGCAAGGCACAUCGAAAGACACACAGCCUGAGCAAAGCUCUGAGAGGGAUGCACCGGCUCAGCAGGGUGGACAGAAGAGACCGCGGACCGAAGAAGGGGCUGGAGAAGGCACAGCAGACCUGCAGAGCAAGCUGAUCGAGAUCCUAGACCGGAACAGCCGGUUGGUGGCUGCACAGUUGGAGGCGCAGAACCAAAACUGCGAGCUCGACAGGGAGCAGAGGAAAGACCAAGCUAACAGCCUAGUUCUCGUGCUCGGCAGGCUAGCCGACGCCCUUGGCAGGAUCGCCGAUAAGCUAUAG